CGCGUAAUAAUUAAAACUACGUUUCAGGUAAAUAGAGAGGAAGUGAAAUUCUGAUUUCCUUGAUAGGGCGGUCCAUCAACAUUAUAGCAUCAUACCGUCGUGCUCGAAUUUACCAGCACACGGGACAGGACUGAACCUUCCUUUCAACCAAAACCGAAUAUAAUAGAUUUUGUCUGAAGAUGUAAAUGAAAUAGAAUUUAAUGAGGUUGCGGUAACUGGUACCUUCGAUGAAUUGAAAGAUGUCAAGAUUUCAUCGUGGUUCUACGAAUACGUUUCACGUAUAAUAAGGAAACCGGAAAUUACCAGGAUGCCCUCUACUCAGUGUUUUGUAAAAUUGUUGUACCUGUCAGCAAUAUUGUAUGUUGUGACUAUAUCCAAAGUGUGCAGUUAUGAAGAUGGCGAUACAAACAAUACCAUUACUGAAUCACCUGCUUCCACAACUGCAUUAGAUACUGCAACGUUAGAUGAUGAGAACACGACCUCAACGAUUGAAAGCACAACAGUAAUAUCUACACAACCAAGUACUAGUAGUGUGACAACACAAUCAACAACAGAGGAUCAAAGCACAGCAGAAAUAUCUACACAACCAAGUACUAGCAGUGCGACAACACAAUCAACAGGGGAUCAAAGCACAACAGAAAUAUCUACACAACCAAGUACAAGCAGUGCGACAACACAAUCAACAGGGGAUCAAAGCACAACAGAAAUAUCUACACAACCAAGUACAAGCAGUGCGACAACACAAUCAACAGGGGAUCAAAGCACAACAGAGGCAAUGGAAGCUACAACAGAGGAAACUACGACAUCGAGCAACGAGGAAAUAUCACCAGAUAACACAACAUCUUUAUCACAAAAUACAAGUGAAAGUUCGACAGAAUCCCCCACGAAAGCAACAACGGAAAAAUUGAUGGAGUCAACUAGUGCGACCGAGAUAAUCACUACAUCGUCUUCAGAUAUUACCACUUCAGAUGCACCUGUACCAACCAGUACACAAGAAACCGACAACGCAACAAGUGCACCAGAUACAAGCUCUCCACAAACGUCUGAUUCAAAUUUGACAACUGAGGUACCAAGUUCUAUUACAGUAGCAACAACACAACAGAGUACAGCGUCCACAAGUAGCAAUGACGUCACAACAGAGGCAACAACAGACGUAGCGACAACACAGCCGCAUAUAAUAACAACAAAACAAACCUAUCAAGUUGAGCCCAUUUAUCCCAGCAUAGAAAAUGCUGUAUUAGAGCUUAAAUUUGUAUUGAAAUUUAAUGGUUGUUCUCACAACAAAACAACAAUUGAAAGCAAGCUAUCCAGCGUAUCCAGCAGUAUAAAUGGAUGUGAAUACCUGAGAGUACGAAGGAUAAAAAGCUGUUCAAAUGGGCGUAGAAAAAGGUCAGCUUCUGGAUCACAGGUGUCGGUUGAUGCCGCGCUCGGUAUUGACGCCCAAGUGGGGAUUUCUAGUGGUUCAAAUGUUAGCCAUGAAAUGUACGCUUCUCUGUCUACAGUGAAGGACAUCGAUCUGACGUAUCUAAACGAUUCUAUUAGUAACGUUACAAAUACUUUGACGUCACAGAGUAUUUGUGACUCAGACAGCUGCAGAGGAGCACUGAUUGGUCGGCCAGGAUUUGUAUGUGUCGAUCAAACACUCAACAACAAACAAAGAUGUGCCAUUCUAUAUUACUGUGACCAUCAUCCUAUCGACUGUGGAAAACAUGGCCAGUGUUACGUAGAAACCGAUAGUAGGUCUACUUCCUACGUCUCAAAAUGCAGGUGCAAUAAGGAGGACUACUUCCGGUAUGAGGGCGUUGGUUGUACAGAGAAGGUGUUGACAUGGGAACUGGCCAUCAUUAUUUGUGCGUCCGCUGGUGGAGUAUUGAUUCUCGUCCUUCUCUGUGUCAUAGUAACCCUCUGUUUUAGAAAUGCAUCCAACUCUGCCGACGUGAGCUUUGAGGAAUCAGAAUUGAUAUACAGCCCGUCAGGAAUAACCAGCACCAGUCAUUAUAAAAAUGGCGUUGAGAACCGAGGAUACAUGGAGGUGCGUGAAACAUCGGCAAGUGGUAGUUGGAAACCCGAAGACAGCGCUAACACGUAUGCUAAUAUUGACUCCAAGUUACGAGAAUCUAAUUAUAACAUACAGAUAAAGAGACCAAAGGUUUCCCAGGUUCAGAGGUCAGACGAAAUCACCGAAUUUUAGAAACUCAAUCAAAGAAAGAUUCAACUAGUUCUUCUUCCUUUGAAGUGCAGGGCCUUGUGGGCAUCGUCGCACUUAAUUAGUUGACAUCAGACUGUUUAUAGUACAUAAUUUGUCCCCCUUUUUUAUUUUGUAUGUACCUGCUUAAAUAUAUUAUAGUACAGGUAGUAUUUCUAUGGUAUACAAUGUGAAACUGAUAGGUGAUUUGCGCGAAAUGUCUAUUACUUCGGCAAGAAGAUAUAUAAACCUUUAUUUCUGAACGUCAUGUCGGUGUACCAGUAUUUCUGAACGUCAUGUCGGUGUACCUGUAUUUCGGAACAUCAUGUCGGUGUACCGGUAUUUCGGAACAUCAUGUCGGUGUACCUGUCGGUGUACCUGUAUUUCGGAACAUCAUGUCGGUGUACCGGUAUUUCGGAACAUCAUGUCGGUGUACCGGUAUUUCGGAACAUCAUGUCGGUGUACCGGUAUUUUUCGUGCCUUUUCUUCAUCUGAGUCGUUGACAUAUUUGGUGUGUCUGUCAUCGUUGUUUUGUUACCUUUUCAUAUUUUCUACUUAUUUCGGAAAACUACGGUCAAAGUUGGUACAAAGUAUCAUUUGAUGAAAGGAUUUCUAUAUUUUAAGGAUUAUGACCCCUUCCAAGGAAAGAUAAUGGAAGUAUAUAGUGAAAAUAGGGCAAAGUGUUUAUAGGCUAUUGGAAUGAACAAUUUACCCCCAAAGAAUGUCUGUUUAUCCAAAAAUGUGAAAAGCAUGUGUUAAGAAGCAUUUACAGUGUAUAUCAGAAUGGAAAUCAAAUAUUUUUUAUUUUUCUAAGUGUGUCAACUACAGAAUUUUAAAAACAUAUUUAGGCGAAAAAUAUUUUUUCAUUAUUGUUUUGUGAUCUUGUUUAUUGUAAAUUAAUGUUUACGUUAUUUUAGAUGCGCCCCUCGCAGAUUCCCAUUUGAAUGUGGCAGAUUUUUUUGAUAGCAUAAAUAGAUCUGAUAGGUUAUGUGAUAAAUGUAAUGGAAAUGAAAUUGAAGAUGAAUUAAGUGAUUUUUUUCAAUAAUGAGAGAAAAAUGUUUUAACCUGCAAAUAUUUACAAAGUUAGAAAUGCUCUUAGUUUUGCAAAUUUAUUUAAAAGUGAUGACAGAUUUACUCUUACAGGUUUGGCCAAAUUUUCGUAGAAUUAUAAUGUCAAAUAUUUUUUUUAAAAUGAUAUUCCUUCCACUAGCGACCUGACAUGUUACUUUUUUAUUCAUUCAUUACCUGUUUGCUACAUAUACUGUUUGUUCUAUAUGUUAAUACUUUCAUGUCUCAUCCGAGGCCAAAAAGUGAAAUAUAGAGUCCCAAGUUUCAAAAAAAGUUAAUCACUAUGUAUAAAUGUACGAGUAGGCUAACCGCCCCCUAUAAAAUGAUUAAAAUGUAAACAUAAAAAAUUCUUUUACUUUUUGAAAGUGAGAUGAUAUACACGGUACUAUUCUCUUUAGAGAAGUCGAGAGGCAUAACCUUCGUCGAUGAAGGCUAUGCUUCUCGACUUCUCUAAAGAUAAUAUACACGGUACCUCAAGCCUCCUCGUACUAACUUAUUGAAUGGAGCGCGUAAAAAGGCAAUUCUUCAAUCAAACUCUGAUCUUCAAGUUCGUGCUGCAAUAGGCUUAAAGAUUUCACUUAAGAAAAUAUUUUCUUUUAAAAAAAAACGACAAGGAUGUAAAUGCAUUAUGAAUUAAUUACAUGCAUCACUAUGCAGAGUCAGUUUUUUCCCUUACUUGACCCCCGGGGAAGCAGUUUAGCCACAAUAUCGUAUUAAAAAAUUUGCAUAGGAAUACUAGCAUGUAGGAUACAGUUUGUCUAAAUUAUGCAAGCAUUCGAAUGCUGAAUAGAUUUGAGACCACCCACCCCUCCUCAAACAUGACCCAGGGUAGAGCGAAGUCAUGAUUGGGUUUUUAAGUUUUACACUAUCAUAUGUCCCGAACUUAAUGCAAUGUACGCCUUUAUCAUCAUUUCAGCAAUAUGGCUCAGGUGGGCGUUGUGGCGCUUGGGUCGCUUGUAUAACUUCAUACAUAUCAUAUAUCACGUGUAAGGUCUAGAGGUGAGAUUGUCUCUAUCGACUGAAAUGACAGUCGUGCUUUAUGAUUACUACUUUUAUUUACUAUCCUGAAUUCCUGAUCACGCUGAGAAUUUUAUUACAUAUUUUGUGAACUGAAUGAUGAGCUGUGUUAAACACAGUAAUGACAUUAGAUGUAUUUACUUGUAAUACUGAAUAUAAUACAAUAUUUACAUGUCCGAUUUUUUUUCUUUACAAAUUGUGAUAGUUAUUUCCUCAUGAAUGCAAUGCAUAAAUUUGUGAACAAUGCGCGUGUAUGAAUAUACCGGUAUAGUACGUCUUCUUUAAGGGGAAUUCCAACAGAAAAGAAAGCAGAAUUUAUUCUAUUUAUAUAAGAAAUAAGGAAUCUCAUUUUUGAAAAUGCAUGAUGGUAUGAGCUAUGACGUUUCACGCCGAACUUCAUUUCUUAAUUGCGUGUAACAUUAAUGGAUAAUGCAGCAGGUCAUUGCCAGUGUACAACCUAUCAGAAACGGAGAUAAACUGUUUAAUUUACUUUAUAGGGUCUGGGUGAUUUCGAUUUACCACAGGAACUUCAAUAGCGACAAAUAUAUUUAUGAUGUUGAUAAUAACAUAUGUUGUAAUAGUAGAUAAAUCUCCGUGGUCCAUCCUGGGUUCCAACGAAGGAAGAAGUUCCUUAUAAACGCGAUGCAUUCGUCAUACGAGCAAUAUGUUUAUAUAGAAGAAAUGCUGAAAUUGCUGAAUCUCUAAUUAAUGAAGUUAGAAACGUUGUACACGGAGGUAUAUGACACGUGACUUUUUAAUUUCUAGUUUAUCAAUGCUGAAAUACGAUAUAUUUUGUAUGAUAAAGAAGUAUGUUUACUGAUUGUUAUCACUAAUAAAACUAUUUAAUUUCUAUAGUUA